AACAAAAAGCAACAAAAACAUCCACAUCAGUAAAAAAAAUCGCAAGGAAAAAACUCAACUCAAAUUUUACGAUCCCAUUUUUCAAUACCCCUGUUAUCAGUGCGGUUCUUUGCGAAAUAAAAUGUAAUCAGCAGCAAGAGGAAACUCCACCCGACAUCACCAAGCAGCCAGUCCCACAAUACCUUCAAGAAGAGAACGAACGCGCAGCUUCUAGGUGCGGCAGCAAUGCUGACAACAAAGUAUUUUUUCCUCCUGAUAUUGAUUGCCGCGAGCCUGAUAUUCGUCGUUCUGUUCCACUGGUUUUCGUCGAACGAUCCGGAAGAUCGGAUACUGGUCCGAUAUGAUACAGUCAACAAUGACCGGUUUCAGCAGGUUCGCCACUGGCAAACCAUGACCAACUCGGAAGCUUUGCAGGCCGAUUUUGACGAACGGUUGGUGGUCAUCUACAACAGGGUUCCGAAGACCGGCAGCACCAGCUUCGUAAACCUCACGUACGAUCUCUGCCGGAAGAAUGCAUUCCACGUUUUGCACAUUAACAUCACCGCAAACAUGCACGUUUUUUCGCUGCCGAACCAGAUUCGGUUUGUCCGCAACGUGACCGCAUGGGAAGCGAUGAAGCCGGCGUUCUACCAUGGCCAUUUGGCGUAUCUGGACUUUUCAAAGAUGGGCGUUCCGGCGGCAAAGCCGCUGUACAUAAAUCUGGUUCGAAAGCCGCUGGAUCGACUGGUGUCGUACUACUACUUCCUGCGCUACGGUGACGAUUAUCGGCCACACUUGGUGCGGCAUCGUGCCGGCGACACCAUGACGUUUGACGAGUGUGUCGCAAAGCAAAAGCAGGACUGCGAUCCGAACAACAUGUGGCUGCAAAUUCCAUUUUUCUGUGGUCACGCGGCAGAAUGUUGGAAACCGGGCAGCGCCUGGGCCCUGCAAGAGGCCAAACGGAACCUGGUGAACGAGUAUUUCCUCGUUGGGGUCACGGAAGAGAUGACCGAGUUUGUUGAGCUGCUGGAAAUGGCCUUACCGAGACUGUUUAGGGGCGCAUCGGACCACUUUGCCAAGUCCAACAAGUCGCACCUGCGUAAAACGAAAUCCAAGGUGGAACCGCUGCCGGAAACCGUGGCGAAAAUUCAGCAAUCGCUCGUGUGGCAGAUGGAAAACGAGCUGUACCAGUACGCGCUGGAGCAGUUUCACUUUGCCCAGAUGAAACUGCACGCCCCAGGUAAGAACGCGCUCCCGCAGGACUUUUUCUACGAAAAAAUCAAACCAAAUCAAAACGUCCCUGUCCGCAACUAGUUGUAACUGAGGGUGAGGAAGAGGAGGAGGGUGAAAACGGAAUGCGAAAUCUCAGUCAGGAAAGAGAAACAAAGUGUGAGCGAGAGAUAUUGAUGAAACGCAAGGAUAUUGAAAGUGAGUCUAGAAACUAGUGCUGUUGAUUAAUUGUAAUAAUUUUGUCUUAAAAUUGUAAUAGAAUUCACCAAGCUUUGUAGGGGUAAGAGGGAAAAAGGUACCAUUUUAAUUGGAAAAUUAGAGGGAAAUUUGUACCUUUUGGUUUUAAACACUUAGUCUGCUUUAGUUCAUUCCAUUUCGUGAUGAUUGGAUCGUUUAUUAAGAAGGGGGAAAGAAUUAACUGCUCCGUUUUAGUAGAUACGGUUUACCCAAAUGACGACACAUACAAUAAUGCUAAACAAUACUUAAAUAAAAAGACAAUUUUCUAACAUGGUA